AAAAAGAAAAACAAGAGAAAAACGAAGGAAAACCAGCGCGAGGCAUGAUGGAGAAUUAGGACAAUAAGAAUUUUUGGUGGUUAAUCACAGAAAUGAUGCAAGGAGGAUCAUCAGGCAUAGGAUAUGGUCUCAAGUAUCAGGCUAGAUGCAUUUCAGAUGUGAAAGCUGAUACAGACCACACCAGCUUCCUCACCGGCACUCUCAGUCUUCGAGAAGAGAAUGAGGUGCAUUUGAUUCGGUUAUCUUCAGGCGGAACUGAACUAAUAUGCGAAGGACUAUUUUCACAUCCCAAUGAGAUCUGGGACCUUUCCUCGUGUCCCUUUGAUCAACGCAUCUUCUCCACCGUCUUCUCUGCUGGCGGUGAGUCAUAUGGAGCAGCAGUAUGGCAGAUUCCUGAGUUGUACGGCCAGUUAAAUUCACCUCAACUAGAAAAAAUUGCUUCUCUUGAUGCGCACUCUGGCAAGAUCAAUUGCAUUUUAUGGUGGCCGUCUGGGAGAAGUGAUAAGCUCAUCAGCAUUGAUGAGGAAAAUCUUUUCUUAUGGAAUUUAGAUUGUUCUAAAAGAACAGCCCAGGUACAAUCUAAGGAGUCAGCUGGCAUGUUGCAUUACUUAUCUGGUGGAGCGUGGGAUCCACAUGAUGUCAAUGCUCUUGCAGUAACUUGUGAAUCAUCAAUCCAGUUUUGGGAUCUACGAACAAUGAAGAAGAUAAAUUCAAUUGAAUGUGCACAUGUCCGCAACAUUGAUUACAACCCCAGGAAGAAACACAUGCUUGUUACUGCCGAUGAUGAAUCUGGGAUAAACAUAUGGGAUCUUAGAAAGCCAAAGGUUCCUGUAAAAGAGCUUUCUGGGCAUGCACACUGGACGUGGGCCAUUGCAUGUAAUCCAGAGUAUGAUGGACUGAUAGUGAGUGGUGGUACCGAUUCAACUGUUAACUUGUGGUUUGCUACUGGUGAUGUAAUGACAUCUGAAAGUUCGGUUGAAUCACCAAGCAAGCAAGUUGACCCUUUGCUUAAUACAUACAGUGACUAUGAAGACAGUGUUUACAGCCUUGCUUGGAGUUCUCGUGAGCCUUGGAUAUUUGCAUCUUUAUCUUAUGAUGGAAGGGUAGUGGUGGAAUCUGUUAAGCCUUUCCUUUCCAGAAAGUAAAUUCAAUUGGCGCUCCACCAUGCAACCUCUUCUAGUUUUUCCGCUGCCUAAUGUAAGCUGUUAGAGGACCGUACUGAAGAGCUUGUUCUGAAUUGUAAAUUCAAAUAUGGUACCAUUGAUAAUUUAUUACGGAUCAACAAAGACCGUGUUGUAAUGCAAGUGUCUAGCAAACUGUGCUGUCCCCUAAGAAGGCUAACUAGUCUUCUGGCUUAGAUUUACAGGCUUUAUUGUUGUAUUGGUGUUGGAGUUCAAUGAUAAUAUGCCAUCAGCCAUUAUAAAUUUUACAGUUAUGUCCAAAUUUCAUAUGAACCGUAA